GGUGUCAUGGCGGCCGUCGAGGUGGCAGCCUGAGCUAGAGGGCCGACAGCUAACUGAGGAGACCGGCCGGGAGGGCGCUAUGGCAGGGCUCUAGCUCUAAGAACGGCCCAGCGGUUGGCUUCUCUUCUGUAGACUGCUCAGCUGAGGGACGAACCCGGCUUGGGCAGGGGAAGCGGCGCUGGGGAGACCCGGUGACUGCUGCUGGUACUACUGCCGCCGCUCUGACACUCCUUCCUCUGGGCGGGUGGGCCCUGCUGAGCGGCAGCAAGGAUGGCGUCGUGGCUGGGGGGCCUGGGGGCGGGGCUCGGCCAAUCCCUGGUGGGCCAGGUCGGGGGCAGCCUGUCGACCUUGACGGGGCAGAUCUCCAGCUUCACCAAGGAUAUGCUGUUGGAAGGCACGGAGGAGGUGGGAGGUGCUGCAACAGACUUUCCUGUAUCCAAUUCAGAUCUAAGGGGUGUAGAAAAUAUUCUUGCAACACUGAGAUCAGAGAAUGAGAGGUUGAAGAAGGUUUGUAAUGAUCUCGAGGAAAAGCAUGAGGCAGCAGAGCUUCAAAUAAAGCAGCAGUCCAUAGAAAAGCGGAAACAGCUACAACAGAAAGAGGUGGAAAUCAGCCAUCUUAAAUCUAGGCAGAAUGCGCUACAGGAACAGCUGCAGAAGUUGCAGUCUGCCGCUCAAUCAUCACAGUUUGGAGCUGCUACCUCUCCAUCAACUACUACAUCAGCUUCCUUUGUUCCUAUGGUUAGACAUAGCUCCUCUGGUUUUCAAGGAGAUGACAUGGACUUUGGAGAUGUAAUCUGGUCCCAGCAAGAAAUAAACAAACUAUCCAAUGAAGUUUCUAGACUUGAAUCUGAAGUUGACCAUUGGAAGCAAAUUGCACAGUUUUCUAAACCACAAGGAGCAAGUAAUACAGAUCAGAAUGAAAUCUGCAAGCUGCAAAAUAUUAUCAAGGAACUAAAACAGAACUUGAGUCAAGAAAUAGAUGAGCAUCAGCAUGAGCUUUCAGUAUUACAGGAUGCACAUCGUCAGAAAGUAGCAGAGAUAAGUCGACGACAUAGAGAAGAGCUGGGUGAAUAUGAGGAACGAAUAGAAGAACUUGAGGAUCAGUUACAGAAAGUUGGUGGGGCAGCUGAACGUCCUUCUGAACGUGACCUACAAAACCGCCUGUCUGAAUCUGCAGCACCACACUUGACGGACUUGCAGGAUAAAGUGAAAAGUUUAAAUCAGCAAUUGUCUUUAGCAGAAGAUGAGAAAAAUCUUGUCAUGAAAGAGCUUGAAUUGGUAAAAAUGGAGAAAAGUCAAUUAACACUGGAAUAUGAAAAACUACAAUCUGAAUCCAAUAAGCUUCAAGCAUCCAUUCUUGAAGAACAGGAUGAUUUGAAAAUGCAGAUGGAAGUCCCUAAGUAUGCAGCGGAAUCACUGCAGGCAGAAGUGCUCCGGCUACAGCAAGCACUGCUUGAUGCAGAAAAUGAAAUAACAAGACUGAAAAGUUCAGAUCAGGAAAGAUUUCAGAAAGAAGUGGCAAGUUUACAACCAAAGUGUGAGAGCACUACACAUGUAUCUGCUGAAGGACAGAAUUUGGAGUUAAAUCAGUUAAGAGAAGACUUGGAAAGGAAACAGCAUGAAUUUAAUGAAAGCAUUGCUGAAAAAGAAACUCUAGUAGCAGAACUGGAAGAACUGGACAGGCAAAACCAAGAUGCUACACAGCAUAUGAUUAUGUUAAAAGAACAGCUAGCAAAACAGAAUGCAGAAGCUACUAAUGCUAUCAACCAGCUAAAACUGGAAAUCGAUUCUGAAAAAAGAAAAACAUCUAAGCUAGAAGCUGAGAGGCUAGAAAUGAGCAAGGAGAUGGAAGGCCAGAGAGAAAAAUUGAAUCAAUGUACAUUUACACUUAAUGACUUGCAUAUGACUAAGCAACACCUGGAAAAUAAAAUAAAAGAGUUAAAAGAACAGCUAAAAUCAUCCCAGCAAUAUAGUUCCAAAAAUAAACAGGAAGUGAUAGAAUUAAAGAAAAAUCUAACACAAAAAGAAGAAGAACUUUCUGUGCUCCAAAAUGAGCUAACCAGUCGUUAUCAAGAACAUUCAACCAGAGAAAAAGAAGUAGAAAUUUCAAAUCUGAAUGAGCAAAUUUCAGAAAAUAAAUUAAUGAAUGCAGACUUGGAGAAAUCUAUUUUGGAACUCCAAAUAGAAAAGGAAACGCUUCAUACAGCAUGUGAAGAACUUAAACAGCAGUUGCAAGAAGCUAAUAGUGAGAAGAAUAAGAUUGCUUUAGAAAAAGAUACCAUGGUGGAAGCUUUGAAAAUAGAAAAUGGGCGAUUAGAAAAUGAACUAUGCCAGGCUGAAAGCCGAUUGUUAGAACAGUCUCACAAGUAUGAACAAACCAUUGAUGAGCUGUCAAAUGUACGUAACAUGGAUACUUCUGCGUUACAGUUUGAAUAUGAACGCUUAGUUAAACUCAAUCAAGAGAGAGACUUUGAGAUAGCAGAACUCAAGAGAAACAUUGAACAGAUGGAAUCUGACCAUGAGGAAACUAAAGAGAUGUUAACAACUAGCUUAGCAGGGCAAAAACAACUGACGGAGCUCAUAAAAGAGAGAGAGGUGUUUGUUGAAAAAUUUAAAACCAGGGCUUCUGAACUGGAGCAGCAAAAUGAAGAUUAUAUUAAGGAUUCCAAAAGAUUUGAACUUUUAAAACAACAUUUAGAAGAAAAAGAGAAAAGCCUUUCAGGCAUGAAAGAAGAGAACAAUCAUUUGAAAGAAGAAAUUGAACGACUAAAAGACCAGCAAAGUCGGUCACCCCCUUUGGCUGAGCCCAAAACUCUAGAUAUCAUCAAUGAACUUGAAGCAGAAAUAACACAAUUAACUAUACUUAAAAAUAAUCUUGAAGAAGAGGUGAAACUUAACAAAAGGACACUUGACGAUCAAAAUCAGAAAAUGGCCCAACUUCAGCAGUCCCUACAGGAGUAUAAAAAGGAGGUUGAAGAGUCCAAAUUUCAGCAUGAACAAAUGAACAUUGCACACAAGCAGGUAUGCUUGGAGAAGGAUGAGGAAAUAAAAAGCCUACACAGAGCAGUAGAACAAAUUAAAACCCAGUUACACAAUCAAACAACAGUCAUUCAACCAGACCCUUCUUAUCUCUUUCAAGAAACUAAAGUCCAGACACUUAAUGGUGAAAAUGGGAAUGAGAAGCAUGACUUAUCUAAAGCUGAAAUUGAAAGGCUGGUAAAAGGUAUCAAGGAGAGAGAAAUGGAGAUCAAGCAUCUAAAUGAAAAGAAUGUCUUGCUAAGUAGACAAAUUGAUCAGUUAUCCAAAGAUGAAGUUGGAAAACUUACACAGAUCAUCCAAGAGAAAAACUUAGAGAUACAAGCUCUUCAUGCAAGGGUUUCCUCUCCAGCGUAUAGGCAGGAUGUUCUUUACCUUCAGCAACAACUACAAGCCUAUGCCAUGGAAAGAGAGCAAGUGCUGGCAGUUCUUAGUGAGAAGACUAGAGAAAACAGUCAGUUAAAAACAGAUUAUCAUAAGAUGAUGGAUAUUGUAGCAGCUAACGAAGCAGCUCUGAAGAAGCUGCAGGAAGAAAACCAAAAACUAGCCAGUGAAUUUGAAAGCAGCAGUCAGGAUAUGUCCCGGGAAACAAUUAAAAACUUGUCCCGUAUUAUUCGAGAGAAGGAUAUUGAGAUUGAUGCGUUAAGUCAAAAAUGCCAAACAUUAUUGACUGUCCUCCAGACGUCCAACAUGGGUACAGGCAAUGAGGUAGGAGGAAUUAAUAGCAAUCAAUUUGAGGAGCUUUUACAGGAACGUGACAAAUUGAAACAGCAAGUGAAGAAAAUGGAAGAGUGGAAGAAACAAGUACUGACCACCGUCCAGAAUAUGAAACAUGAAUCAGCUCAUCUCCAAGAAGAACUACAAAGGCUUCAGGCACAGAUUUCCACUGAUAGCGAGAACAAUUCUCAGUUACAGAUUGAGUAUAAUGGCUUAAUCCAUAGUUAUGAACAGAAUGAGAAAAAGCUGAAAACAUUUAGCCAAGAAUUAGCACAAGUUCAGCAUAGCAUAGGAGAGCUUAAUAGUACCAGGGAUAUUAUUCUGGGCAAGCUUGAUAUAGUAACACCAUCUUUGCCAGUAACCUCUUCUACUGGUGGACAACCAUUAGACAUUCCCAGGAAUGCUUCUUCUCAGAUGCUCACAAGUGACUCCAAACCACCAAAUGAGGAACUGGAGCGCUUGAAGAAAACAUUGCAGGAGAAAGAUGCAACUAUCCAAACUCUGCAGGAAAAUAAUCAGAGGCUGUCUGAUUCUAUGGCUGCAUCAUCUGAGAUAGAAAGAAAAGGUCAAGAGGAGUCUCAUUUUGAGAUAAAGCACUUGAAGGAGAAAUGCGAUGUCUUGCAGAAGUCACUCAGGGAAAAAGACCUGCUAAUAAAAUCAAAAAGUGACCAGUUACUUUCUCUAAGUGAAAAUCUCAGUAAUAAAGAGAACGAAAAUGAGCUGCUGAAGCAAGGUGUAACUAACCUGAAGGAGAGAACUCUUAUUUUAGAAAUGGACGUCCGUAAAUUGAAAGAAGAAAAUGACAAAAUAGUGGCAAGAUGCCAGGAAAAAGAAACAGAAUUCCGAGCUCUACAGGAGACUAACAUGCAGUUUUCAAUGAUGUUGAGGGAGAAGGAAUUUGAAUCGCAUUCCAUGAAGGAGAAGGCUCUGACGUUUGAAAAACUGUUGAAAGAGAGAGAACAGGGAAAGGCAGGGGAGCUGAACCAGCUGUUAAAUGAAGCCAAGUCAAUGCAAGAAAAGGCUGUUGCUUUUCAACAAGAGAGAGAUCGAGUCAUGUUGGCACUCAAGCAGAAACAAAUGGAGACUAGUGCCCUACAGAAUGAGGCGCAAUACUUGCGUGAUAAGGAGCAGCGUCUCAAUCAAGAAUUGGAGAGAUUACGCAACCACCUUUUGGAAAGGGAAGACACUUCCACACGUGAAGCUUUAGCAGCUGAAGAUCGGGAAACUAAGCUUAAAAAGAAAGUCCAGGUUUUGGAGGAAAAGCUGCAGUCUUCAUCAACUGCGGUGGAAAAUGCCAGCCAUCAGGCUAGUAUGCAGGUGGAAUCCUUGCAAGAGCAAUUGGACCUUGUUACUAGGCAGAGAGACGAAACUGUGCUUCAGCUGACAAUUUCACAAGACCAAGUGAAACAAUAUGCUUUGUCGCUGACCAACCUACAGAUGGUGCUAGAGCAAUUUCAAAGGGAAGAAAAAGCCAUGUAUUCAGCUGAGCUACAGAAACACCAACGGCAGUCUGCAGAAUGGAAGAGAAAAGUAGAACAGCUAGAAGAUAAAGUGGUUUCAUUGCAGGAAAGGUUAGAGGAAGCAAAUGCAGCGCUAGAUUCUGCAUCAAGACUAACAGAACAGCUGGAUCUCAAAGAGGAACAAAUUGAGGGGCUUAAGAAGCAAGGUGAAAUUCAAAAGGAAAUGUUAGAAGAUGCACAAAAUAAACUAAUGAACCUUAUAAACAGCACAGAAGGAAAAGUAGACAAGGUCUUAAUGAGAAAUCUUUUCAUUGGGCAUUUCCAUACUCCAAAAACGAAGCGCCAUGAAGUGCUAAGGCUAAUGGGGAGUAUUCUGGGAAUAGAAAAGGAUGAACUAGAAGAGUUAUUGUCAGAAGAUCAAAAAGCCGUUACUCGAUGGAUGACAGGAUGGUUUGGUGGAGGAGCUGCUGGAUCAAAGAGUGUCCCCAAUACACCUCUGAGACCAACCCAUCAAUCAAUUUUCAAUAGUUCUUUCUCAGAACUAUUUGUGAAGUUCCUUGAAACAGAAUCACGUCCAACUCUUCCUCCACCGAAACUCUCUGUUCAUGACAUGAAACCUUUAGGAGCAACAGGAAUUGACAGACCCAAUAUUAGUUCUUCCAGCAACAUGGCAGAUCCAUCAGCCUCAGGAACCAGUAGAAGACCAGAUGCAAAUCCAUUCCUUGCACCUCGAUCAGCAGCAGUCCCCCUCAUCACCCCAGCUAAUCUUGCAAGUGGUGGAUCGGGUCAUCUGCUUAUGAAACCCAUUUCUGAUGCCUUGCCCACUUUCACACCAUUGCCAGUAGCACCUGAUGCUAGUGCUGGUGCAGUACUAAAAGACUUGUUAAAGCAAUAGACAAUUCUGAGUCAAUGAUGAGCAGCACUUUAAGGGAAAAGAGAACACUGCAUUUGUAUAAUAUACCACAAAGAGGCCUUUUGUAAAAAGUUCUUCAUGUACAAUCGUUCUUAAGUUCUUUGAGUCCCUCCCCCCCCCCCCCAGCCAAUUUUAAAAGUGCAUUUCUGGACUAAUCCAUUAUUUUAGGGAUUUUGUAGCCACCACAGGAAAAAUAGUUGUUAUAUUUAGUUUGCUAAGUUAACUUCAAAUGGAAAAAGCCAAUCUACUUGUAAAAUAGCAAAAAUUAAGGUUAGAGGUUUACCAACUUACCCAAGGCCUUCUGGCUAUUCAGCAUCCAUUUAAACAGAACAGUGUCAGUUCAACCACAAUGUGCAGUUUCUUUUUUUGGCAAAGAUGUCUGAACUGCUACUUAAACUAUAGAUGGGAUGUUAUUUUAGGGUGUCUUUAUAUAAAAAAGAUACAACUUCUCCAGAAAAGGCUGUGUAAGCACAUUAGGAAUCCGGUGCAAUGGGGAUAGGCAGUGGGCAGCCUGUGGGAUGCAUCUGGUCCAUUGAAGUAUCAUUUAAGCGGUUCCAGCCCACGCCUUCUUGAGCCUAGAGUGAUGGGGAAAUAAACUCCCAGUCCUUGCAGCAAGUCAGAUUGUGAUCCUAUUUUGGCAGUUCAAUCUGGAACAAUCCUCCUCCAUUAAGUAGGGGAAAGGAUUUCAUAUUAUCCAAGGUAGUAUUGAUCUGAAAUGUUUUUAUGCUUUUAGGCAUCCUCUCUGAUUUGAAUUGAGUUAGCAUGGGUUGCACUGCAGCAUGAUAUUGUGAAGGGGAAAAGAAUUGAACAAGUAUGAGGCUUCAAAGCACAUGGCAUUACGGGACCAAGUCUAUUUUCUGGGUAUUCUGGAGGCAACAGAAUCAUAAGGAUGUUGACUCUGGAUGACCAAGAAAUAGUCUACAUCAGUCGAAGCCCAAAGAACUUAAAUAGAUGCACUGGGAAGUGCUUAGUACACAUGCAUCUGUGUGCACACCUUUCUGUUACUGGCAUAACUCGUGCCAGUGAAAGAGGAGUUCUGUGAGAGUUGUUAGUUGCACUAUUUUAUUUUGAGUGCAAGAAUAUCAAUACCUCUCAAAUUUUAUUUCUGGAUGACACCUCAAUUGGAGUUCCUAGCUCCAGUAGCUACUUGGGACAAUGAAAAUUUCAAAUCUACCAGCAUUAAGUAAUUCUCAAACCUUUUUCAAUUUUCUGCAUUUCCACAUUUAGUGACUGACCACUAAUAGGAAACCUAAUAUCUCAUUUGUAAAUUCAUAGUGUAAAUAUGGUUGAAGUAUGCAAUAAUGUAACGGUUCAAGAUGUAUAUUUAAGAGAUAAUUGCUUAUACACAUGAAUUUAGAUGGAGAUUUAAAAUAUGAAUAUAUGUAUAAAGCUUGAAAUGAAGAAUGAUGUUUAUUCCAAAUAUGUAAAUAGAUCUACAUUAGAAAAAUUAGAAUUCUGUAAAACUUGCUGCACAGACUUGUACCAUUUAUAUUGAGUGUGUUAAUGUUGAUGCAAGGACUGGAAGGAGUUCUUGCUGCCUUGGAAAAAUAAUUAGAGACACAGUAUCUCUUUAAAGUAUCCCUUUUUCUAUAAAACUUGUUUUACAUCAUUAUUAAUAAAAGGUAAUAUUGGGUUGUAUCCAAUUAGCUUUUCCUGCUGACAGAACAGCAUCCAUCAGCGGAACAGGGAGGAGGCAAUUCCCGCUGUCCCCUGCAGACCCCCACACCCUCAAAAAUCUGUUCUGGAGGGAUUGGCAAUUUUCUGGAGCAAAUUUUGGGAGGGUGUGGGAGCUGCAGCAGGAGAGGAGGGGAAGUCCCAUUGCAUGAGCAGAACUCUGUUCGCAUGAUGUUGGAUUUUGCCUAUAGUGGAAGUUCUAUGUUAGAACUUGCAGCCUUUUCUCCUGUGUGUCUUAGUUACUUUUCUGCAGUCUGAACUCAAUUAAGUUUGAGUAUAGAGUAAAUCAUGAAAUUGUAGUUAUCUAGAAGCUGCCAAAUUAAUGACUGCAAAGAGCAUUUUCUUUCUAUUUAUGUAUUGAUGAAACUAAAUCCUUAUAAAUUAACACUUGGCAAGUUUUUAAGAAUUUCUGUUCAUAAUGAAUUGUUACAUUUUGACUUUUCAUACUCUUAACAUUCUUCAUUGAAUCUUUUUGUCAUUUAGAGGGGGACAGAUUAUAGGAUAGAAUAAAAGAAAUAAGCUUAGGUUUUGGUUUGGAAAUACAAUAUCCAUAUUCCGAGCAUGGAUUACUUAACAGUAUUGAGGGAGGGGAAAUCCUGAUUUCAGGAUGUUUAGCGGACACAUUUUUAGAUGUCAUAGUAUUGAUGUGCAAGACCAUAAUCUUAAAACUUCAAAAUGAUUUUUUCACACAUUUUAGGUCACUUGAAAUACUUUCCUUGAAAAAAUAAAACGACUAUAAUUUUUCCAAUAGACUACAGAGAAAACUUAAAAUAUGAGGUGUUGCAUUCAUUUUUAUAUCAGAUGUCUAUCUAGUCCACCAUUCUGUUCAAACAGAAUAUUGUGGAGGUAGCAUAAAGCCAUCAUAACUAGUAGCCAUUGAUAGCCUUAUCCUACAGGAAUUUGUCUAAUCCCCUUUUAAAACUGUUCACAAUGACGACUAUCACCAUAUCUGCUGGUAGUGAAAUCCAUAGUUUUAACUGUGAGAGGGAUAAAAACAUAUCUACCCAUUUUGUCCGCACCAUGUCUGAUUACAUACAUCUCUAUCAUGUCCUUCAUUACUUGCUUUUUAAAAAUAAAACUGUACACAGUAUUCCUAGUCACACCAUAGAUUUGAUUAAAGCCAUGAUGUUGGCAAUUUUAUUUUCAACCCAUUCCUAAUUGUCUCUUAAAAUAUGAGUGUUUUCAUUAAGGUACCCACCACAACCCAACGGUUCCUUCACUGGUCGAUCACUGCCAGCUCAUACCCCAUCAGAGUAUAUUUGAAGUUAUUUUUACAUCACUAUGCAUCACUUUGCACUUAUACUGAAUUGCAGUUGCUGUUUUAAAGUCUGUUCACCCAGUUCGGAGAGAUCCUUUUGUAGUUCUUUCCUAUGCCUUUUCACCCUCAGCCAAGCAGCAGUCUAAUAAAAUAUUUCUGCUUCAAUCCAGUGCUGGACAUGCCUAUUAACAUGUUACUACCUGUGCCAGAAUGUGGAUGCGUAACUGAAUGCACAUCCAAUUGAAGGUGAAACAACACAAAUUGAUAAAUAUGCAACCGUGGGCCUAAAUUGGAUGUGCAUUUCAAUGAACAUGUAGACGUCUAUCCACUCUAAAAUAUUUAGAUGCACAUCCUCAACCUGGCACAAGUAGUCACAUGUAAUUAUAAGCAACUGGAAUUGUUUCAGCAACUGCAGUUUUGCUUUCCUAUUGUGUCCUUGGCAUUGAUAAGCUGUAUGUUUAGCUAAUGAAUUGUUACUGAUAUAACUUAUUUGUUCGCUUAUUAAAUCAUGUUCUUGCUACUGUUGCAAAUAAAUACCCAAUAAUACCCUUAAGUGGCAACUGAGGUGGGGGGAAUCCCUGUUUGUUUCAUUGUGCUUAUGGAGUGAUCCCUACACUUAGUUGAAACAUUAAAACAUUAAUUUAAAAAUCACUAUAAAAAUAAAAACAAAGGAAAAGCCUUUAACAAAGGUCCAGACAGGCUGAGAAAGUUUUCUUCUCAGACCUCUGUCUACUUGCUUAAAGAAAUAAUUAAGCAAUACAGGCCCACAGUAAAAGGUUACCCAGCAAGAAAAAGGAAUGUAUUGUGAACUGAACACCCUGUAAUAUUGCACAAAUUGAAAUAUGGAUUUCCUUGUGUGUUUUCAGCACCCCAAGAAUGGCUGCCUCAGCCCUCUAUCCUCAUGGCUGUGGAAGAGUAGUCAGGCUGCUGCAUGUUGCAUUUAUUUAUUUUGGAAUAACUUGUCCUACUCUGAUUUUAAAACACAGAGGGUGUCGGUUGCUUCAACUAGAUAUGCUAGAAAACGCAUACUUUCCCUAUGGUAUCUGUUUAAACUGAACCUCACUAGUUGCAUCGUGAGCAAAGGCAGGCAAUGGGUCUUAGUGUUCAUGUGUGCAUUUAUAUCUAUAUAGUAAGGCACAAUGAAUCUGCUUGCAACUCAAAUUUUACAUCUAAAUCCCUGGGGGUGGGAGGUGAGGGAGUGAUACAUGAAGUAUGGUAACUAGUACCUUACACUAGUACCUAAUAUAUAAAUUGAAAGGCAUCCUCAUAAUGUCUUCAAAAUGUGGGGCGGGGUGGGAGGAGAGAAAGUUGUUUACCAGAGACAGUAAACAAUUAGAGUUGGAGCACAUGAGAUUGAGUCCUCCUGCAACAAGUGAGAAAACUGGAUAACAAAACACUGUUUUGCAUAUACCCUAAGAACCCCCAACAAUGCCAUUUGUAUCUAAAGUAUAGACAAGUAAAGGUGUAAGAAUUUGAGUAUUUUACAAAUAUAGUACAAGACACUUAACUUAUCAUUAGUAGUAUCUAAUGGUGGUGCAGCACUAGCACUUAUGGCAUUGCCCUAGUAUAAAGCAAAUUUUGGCAGCAAAUCACUGUUGCUCCCAAAUGAUAAUGAUCUUGCGCUAGUGUUGCUUUAUGCUAGGGCAAAGUCAUUAGCCCUAGCGCUGCAUCUCUAUUGAAUACUACACCGUUGAAUACUACUAGUUCAGCCAGUGUUGGAGUAUUGGAUUAAAUUGAAUUUGACUGGAUAUUGUAUUCCUGAAUUUUAACUUUGCCUAUAGCCUUCAAGAUGGGAUGGGCUAGAAACGUAAUAAAAUAAAAGUCACUUUAAUCGGACUAUUGAAAUCAAUAGGUCUUGGUUUCCCAUAUAGGCAGGGGUUGCAUAAGGACCUAUUUUAAUUCCAAACCAUUUGCAUUCAUUUCUGAAUACUGAAUGAUAAAGAUACAUGUACUUUGCCAAUGUUAUGAAGAACAAACAUGAACAGCUUCUGGAUUUUAAAAGAAAAGAAUUAUGAGUCUUGCACAGAUAGUUUACAGUUGCAAAAAAUGCAAAAUCUUGAGUGAAUUAAUGCAGUGAAAUUGGUAAAGAUUUAAGUGUAACAAGUCUUAUGUGUGUAAAGUUUCAGAAUCUUCAAUACAUAGUACUGCUUUUGCUAUGACAGGUAACUGGAACAUGGUACGGCAAAGCACUUCUAUUUCUGCAGGGCCAGGGGAGGGAAACAGCAAAAUGUAUAGGAAGAAGCGUCCCCAUAGAUUGCAUUUGUUAGUGGAUCUGUGGUAAGUUCAGUAAAUGACCACUGCUAGCCAGUGGAAUGUUGAUGGCUAAAUCAAUUAAAUUUUAAAGGAUU